UUGUUCUUCAAAUAAUAUUUGCUUCAUUUUCAAAAAAACAAAAAAAAAAAAUUUCAAGUCAGAAUCGCACCACAAAGCACAACACAAGCAAUAUUUAAGCGGUUGCCAGUAAAUAAAUACCACCUGAAUUGAACCCAUACAUUUCUAGUCUCUCCCUUCAAACAACAAAUAUAUUUUCAUUUUUUUUUGGGACUCUCAUCUCAUUCAAUUCUUGAGAUUAAAGAGAAAGAAGGCGAAAAACAGGAUUUGGCUGUAGAUUGUUGAAAGUUUUUUUUUUCCAAUUAAGGUGGUGAGAAUGGAAGCCAUAAUACCACAAACUGUACAGUUUACCAAUUGGAUUUCCUCUGAGAAGGUUACGAGGAGACCAGGCUGGUCGUUCCCGGUUUCUCAGACACUGAAGGACCGGCAAAAGUUUCCGGUGCUUGUUUCAGCUCGAUUUCCGGUUAACGGAGCGUCGAAUCGGCGUAGAAAUGUGGAUAUGGAGGUUUGGUGCUCAUACAAGAGCUCUCCAGGUUCAGUUGUGGAAUCUGGAAACUAUCAGGCUCCAUUUGAUAAGAUUAAGUCAGAAAAGGUUGAGGAAUAUUUAAACGGGCGCUGUAUAUAUCUAGUGGGAAUGAUGGGCUCUGGGAAAACAACUGUAGGAAAGAUUUUGUCACAAGAGCUUGGAUAUUCCUUUAUUGAUUGUGACACUAAGAUAGAGGAAAAAGCUCGUAACCUUUCUGUGGCUGAAAUUUUUAAGCACUUUGGAGAGAGACACUUUAGAAAAUUGGAGACUAAAGUACUGCAGGAACUCUCAUGUGAGCAUAGUAAAGUUGUUUCUACUGGUGGAGGUGCAGUUGUUCAAAAUGUCAACUGGAAAUAUAUGCAGAAAGGUAUAACUGUCUGGCUAGAUGUACCUUUGGAUGAGUUGGCUCAAAGAAUUUCGGCUGUUGGAAGUGGUUCACGUCCCCUCUUGCCUAAUGAAUCAGGCGAUAGAUACUCCAAGAUUUUCAAGCGCCUGUCUGAUCUUUUACAACAGAGGAGUGAAUUAUACGCCAAUGCCAAUGCAAGGGUUUCUUUGGAAAAUAUUGCAGCCAAAUUAGGUCAAACAGAUGUGUCUAAUAUCACCCCCACUACCAUUGCAAUUGAGGCGCUCGAACAAAUUGAGGUCUUUUUGGAGAAGGAAAAGGAAGGUCAUAAUGCAUUAUAAAUCGUCUAGUUUUGACAUGCGUGGUAUUUUAUUUGUGUUCUUUUAUUUUUCUUUUGUUCUUGCUCUUCUUAGCUUUUUUUUUUAGUAAAAACAUGGCUGUGUUAUCAAUUUUUUGUGAGGGAGCAUAGCUUGUUGUAUGCAUGUAACUGUAUUAAUGGUGUCCAACAAGUGUUACAUAAAAUAAAUGAUUUUAAGAUUCCAAUUGUAAUGUUGAGGUAUUGUUAUGUAUAUUGUUGUUGGAGAUUUUUUCUGUAAUAAACCUAAUGUGAUCAUACAAGUGUAUUACAUAAUAAUUUUUUGAUUAAUUUUUAUUCCUCCCUGAGGCUAUACAAA